GACGGGGGAGAUUCGGUUUAAAGGACAGGUCUUGCUGGUCUAUUGGUGCAAAUGUAAUGUCACAGGCGUUCCGAGGUGGUACUCGGUAUUUUGGAUGAGCUGUAGUCGUUGUGGAGGCCCGCGGUGGAAGUCACGUGUUAAAGUGGCUCGCGCGUAUCGCCCGACGCGUAUCGCGUCCCGGUCGUGAUUUCAGAUCCAAGACGGAGUGAAGAAGAGCACGACAGCCAGAGCCUGCACGCCAGAACUGAAGAGGAUUACAUCCAGGAUGAUUCGUCAAGAUGCGUAUCGGAUUGAUCCGAAGCGAAGAGCGGUGCUCGAUCCCAAAAAGAAGCAAUUCGCAGCGCCGAUAUACAAACAGCAGGAGUAUCCGCACCAGCUGAACUUCUACGAAACACCGCCAACGGCGGAGAUUACGCUCGAGCAGUUUGAACAAUGGGCUAUCGACCGGUUGAAGAUUUUGGCGGAGAUUGAGGCGUGUUCAUACCGUAACAAGUCGCAAACCGAAACGGAAGAACACAUCAAGCCCCUGCUUCGGAAAUACCUGCCGCUGUCUCCCAACCGGUCGGGAUCUGCAGGUUUCGCUGAGCAGCGGUUGCAAACUGAGCGUCAGAAAGACCAUUACUCCCACUUCAUACUCCGGCUGGCGUUCUCGGCAACGGAAGACCUGCGAAGACGGUUUGCUCGGGCGGAGACGAUGCUGUUUCGAUUCCGGUUCCAGGACUAUGAUUCUAAAGAGAAGCACGCGUUUGUUCAAAGCUUGAACUUGGACUGGGAGCAGGUGAGCGAUGAGGAGAAGCGUGAAUUAGAGAAAAGGCUUCUCAGCGUAACGCCCGACAUCCGUCGCCAUCAAGAAGAGCCCUCGUGGUAUAAGAUCGAUUGGGAGAGGGUUCCUGAAUUGGUGGAACGACGGGCGGUUUUUAUGAGAAAAGGGAAGGCGUAUGUUCCUGGAACAGAGCAGAUGAGCAUGGUCUUGACCGAGUUUACGGCUAGGCUUGAGCGUGCGUUGGAGCUUACCAGCCGAGCCCUUCCACGCCUGGACGAAGACGACCGUCUAACCCCGAUUUUGAACCACCUCUCGAAGAAUUUUGGCAGUGCAGAGUCGGUCUACUCUGAGGGCGAAGGCUAUGUUGAGGGUGCUCCCAUGACCGCCGCUUCAAUCGACCAACUCUCGCAGCAUUUCCCGUUGUGUAUGCGAAGUCUGCACAUGAAUCUGCGAAAGAACAACCAUCUCAAACACUUCGGCCGACUUCAAUACACGCUCUUCCUCAAGGGAAUUGGUCUGUCUCUGGAAGAAUGUAUCCUGUUUUGGCGACAGGGAUUCAAGGGCUUCACGGACGACGAGUUCAACUCCAGAUACAAAUACAACAUCCGUCACGCCUACGGUGACGUGGGUGGGGAUGCCAAUCGCCGAGGCCGUGGCUAUGCCCCUUACUCGUGCCAAAAGAUCCUCGGUGACACUGGUUCUGGCGCUGGACAGACCCAUGGAUGUCCCUACCGUCAUUACUCGGUCGAUAAUCUCAUCAGUCUCCUCCAGUCCACCGGCGUGACUGACAAAGAGCUUCUACGUGGAGUCCGAGAGGAUGUCGAGCGGACUCGAUAUCAUAUUGCCUGCAACCGGGUCUUCGACUGGACGCACAAAGCAGAAAUCAAAAAAGUCAAGGAAGACGGAACCUGGAGUCAGGCAAAUCUGGAUACGUUGAGCCACCCGAAUGCCUACUUCAAGCGCAGCUACCUCCUGAAGAACCUAGGCAAACCUGCUCGAGAUUAAAGGUUCUGCGGCUCAAUUUUUGCAAUGCAGUUUCUCAAGGCGUUAUAGGUGAUCGAUCAGACAUCACCAUGGAGUUACUUCCAGUUCUACGAAUGACAUGAAUUCUUCAACAAUUUGUAAUUAAGAAAACCUCCUCAUAAAUAACUAAUAUAGAGCUAUAACUAGACAGAUACGUAAAGGAAGAAUGUGACCAC